CUCCCGUCUCACACUGCCUUCGUAAACCUGCAAUUCCUCAGCUCCAAAAGGACCUUGGUCUCGAAUUUUUGUCCUUUGCGAUACAAGCUCUUGCCUUCGUUUUUCACCCGGGCUUGUAGUGACAAAGGACCCAGUGCCUCUAAAGACCCCCUGCGACCCCAAUUGUCCCUCUAAAGCUCGAGCCCGAGCCUGAGCCCGUCCGCCACCUGUGGGUGGUGUAGUUCUCCCACCAUGGCGACGCGCAGCGACGCGCCCGAAGUGCGCGAGUCCAUCGAGGCCAAAGUCACCAAUGAUGUCGACAUGACUGACGCCCCGGAUUCCAACCCCACCGAUACGAACCGAACUGAACCGACCGUCACUGCGAAAAUGGAUGGCGGUCCUGACAAAAUGGAUGUUGAUGAUGCCGCCGCCGCCCUCGACGCAGAUGCCGAUGCCGACGGUGAAGCAGAUGUCGAUGCAGACGCCGAUGGGGAUGCGGAUGCAGACGGAGACGCAUACGCAGACGCAGACGCAGACGCCGAUGGAGACCCCGAUGACGGCGCCGUGUCACCCGUGGAAUCCGAGCCUGGCGACCUCCUGGAUGUCAUCCAGACUCUCAACACAACCCUCAGCAACUGCAAGGACGAAGAUGGAGAAUGGUUGGCGGCUAGUUUCCAGCGCAUUCCGAACAAGCGCCAGUUGCCCGACUAUUUCGAGAUCAUCGAGAACCCCAUCGCAUUUAGCACGAUCCGCCACAAAAUCCAGAAAAAACAGUAUACAGCCUUCUCCGAGUUCGUUCACGAUGUCGCCCAGAUUUGCCACAACGCUCAAGUAUACAACCGCUCCUCUUCGGCCAUUUUCAAGAGCGCCACUGUGAUUCGAGAUCUGCUCAAGCGGGAGCUUCAGACACUUGUCGCAAAGGGCACCGUUAAACCGGAGGAGGCUGAGCUGCCAGACCUUGGCGAGCUUCCACCUGCCGAAGAUUCUUCUCCGGAGGCCGAAUCCGAAGAUGAAGAGGAGGAGGACGAAGAUGAGGAGGAACAAGACGACGACGACGACGACUCUGACGACGACGGAAAGCGACGUCGGAGUAGGAGGCGCGGCCAGACUUCACUCACCAAGCGGCGGCUCGAAGAAGCCAGAGAGGAGGACGAGCAUAAGAAGCGCGGCCGUCCCCCCAAGGUCUUGACCCCCCUGGAGGCUCGUAUUCACAAUGUCAUCAAGGGUCUGCGCAAGGUUCAGUCGGGCGACGGCGACUUGCUCAUUGGUCCCUUUGAGAAGUUGCCCGACAAGGCUGCGAACCCGGACUACUACCAGGUCAUUCUCAACCCGAUUGCGCUGGACAACAUCAAGAGAAAGGCCAAGAGGAAGAAGUAUGCGACUGUGGAUGACGUGCUCAAGGACGUCGACCUCAUGUUCAACAACGCCAAGGAAUACAAUGAGGAGGGCAGCGACAUCUACGAAGCCGCCGUCGAGUUGCAAAAGCAGGCGCGUGAGCUAGCUAGACAAGAGAAGGCAAGACCGGACGACGAAUUCCGUGACGAGGACGGAAAGCUGCCCUUGUUAGAGAUUCAGCACAACGGCCAGCUAUGGCGAGUGGGCGACUGGGUGCAUAUCCGCAACGUCAACGACAUGGCCAAGCCCAUCGUCGCGCAGAUCUUCCGCACCUGGCAGGACCGCGCGGGGCAGCGGUGGAUCAACGCUUGCUGGUAUUAUCGACCGGAGCAGACGGUGCACAGGUACGAGAAGCACUUCUUCGAGAACGAAGUGGCCAAGACGGGCCAGUACCGCGACCACCAGAUCGAGGAGGUGCUCGACCGUUGCUUCGUCAUGUUUGUGACGCGCUUCAACAAGGGCCGGCCGCGCGGGCUGCCGGCGGACAAGGAGGUGUACGUGUGCGAGUCUCGGUACAACGAGGCGACGUGCCGGUUCAACAAGAUCAAGACGUGGACCAGCUGCGUGCCGGACGAGGUGCGCGAGAGAGACUACCAGAUGGACCUGUUUGACCAGCCGCGGCGGCUCAAGAAGGUGCCCAGCCCGAUCAAACACCUGCUGCAGGCAGACGCCAAGGAAACGGACGAGCUGCCCAAACCGACAUGGGGUGCCGCAAACGCACCGCCUAUUAUCGGUGCCGUGCAUCGGCGGCCUCGAGAAGCAAACGAAUCGCCGCCUCCUGAAGCAACGCCGUCGCCGCCGCCGCCGCCGCCGCCUCUGGCACAAGACGCGGCGCGGCGUCCUUCGGUCCUUCAAGCGAUGCGGCAGACGCCAAGCGACAUGUCGAUGGGAAAUCCUCCUACGUCUUACGGGCACGGAAUGGGAGGAGGGGGCCCGUCGCCAUCGCCAGCCAUUUACGCACAGCAGCAGUACACGCCUCAGCAUGCGUCGGCUUCACCAGUAACAGUGGCCCAUCAAACGCCGGUGCCUCUCCCCCAACUACCUCACCAGGCGUCUCACUCUCCGCAGCAGCCAAUCCGUCCCAUAUUCCAGCAGCAGCAGCAGCAGCAGCAGCAGCAGGGGUUCGCUCCAAUCCACCACCAGCCCCAGCAGCAGCAGCCACACCACCAGAUGCAUCCACAAAUGAUGCCAGCAAACCCUUUGGGCCCGACCUACAACCACCACCCGAUGCAGCCUCACGCGUCACCCGCAGCGCGUACCCCCAUGGCCGCGACGCCCAACGCCAUGCAGCAGAACAACGGCUACAACCCGCCACGGCCGCCCGAGGUUUUUACGCUGCCCGACGCCGUCAACGACCAGAUCCCCGAGGCGGUGCGCAGCCGGUACAACACGGACGAGAGCGGCAGAAUCAUUUUCUUCACCACACCGCCCGUCGCCCGUCCCCAACAUGGCCUCGCUCCGGAAAAUGCCCAUUCGGGCCACAGCCUUGCCUACCUCGCCAAGAGCAACCCGGCGUGGCUAUCGGACCGGACCGCCCGCGCCAAGUCCUUUUCCGUCGCCAAGCAGAAGGAACUGAAGACCAAGAUGGCCAUUGACGACAUGACCAAGGACGAGACCCGCGAUGAGCUGCGCGAAUGGGCCAGCGACUCGUGGGCUCUGUACUGGAAGAGCCACGCCCACGAGACCAACAGCAUGCGCGACGACGGCGACGUGGACGAGUACGAGCGCCUCAUGGCCGAGCAGCGCCGUACUCGAGUCAAGUCCAGGAGGGCACGUGCCGAGGAGGCCGAGCGGGCUGAAGAGGCAAGGAAGGCCAACUACCUCGACAACAUUUACCACGCCCACUCGAGCCUGCGGUCGUCCAAGCCUCGCGUUGCAUGAUCAACCGACACGGCCUAUGUAUGAACCGAUGCUCCAUUACAGCGCCAAACAUCGUUCUGCACAGUGUGUGUGGGGGGGAUUCUGGCGGAUUGGAGGUGUUGUGAUACCUUCCUUUUUCUGUUUGUUUUUCUUUUUUUUUCGUUCUUAUUCCACUGCCGGCUUGGGAGUUUACGGAAACAAAGGGCUGCUCAGUGUACCAACAACCAACUCUACCUUGUAUGUUCCAAGGAUUUCAUGAUUCACUGUACAUCAAUAAUACACUUAGAAAUUGGACGGGCAGUCAACUCAGCAUUGGCCGUUUCUUUGCAAAAAGGCCUUUGUUCGUUGUGUUUUUUUCGUGCUUUUUUCGUGUCCCCCCCCCUUCCGCGGGGAGGUGGCAACGAGCUUCUUUGUCUCGGUAGGAAAGAAAGCGGCGACUGAGUUUUGUACAAAAGUGGCGGUGGCUCGAUAUCAAGAGUUGGAGGUCCUUGCUAUUACACAGG